GGUUAAGAGCGCUGGGCGGUCGGGCCGAGCGUGCUUGUGAAGGUCAAUGGCGUGGCAGGGGCUGGCGACCGAGUUCCUGCAGGUGCCGGCGGUGACGCGGACCUACACCGCAGCCUGCGUCCUCACCACAGCCGCCGUGCAGCUGGAGCUCCUCAGCCCCUUCCAGCUCUACUUCAACCCGCACCUCGUGUUCCGGAAGUUCCAGGUCUGGAGGCUCGUCACCAACUUCCUCUUCUUCGGGCCCCUGGGAUUCAGCUUCUUCUUCAACAUGCUCUUCGUGUUCCGCUACUGCCGCAUGCUGGAGGAGGGCUCGUUCCGGGGCCGCAGGGCCGACUUCGUCUUCAUGUUUCUCUUCGGGGGCGUCCUUAUGAUCCUGCUGGGGCUCCUGGGCAGCCUCUUCUUCCUGGGCCAGGCCCUCACAGCCAUGCUGGUGUACGUGUGGAGCCGCCGCAGCCCCCGGGUGAGGGUCAACUUCUUCGGCCUCCUCACCUUCCAGGCGCCGUUCCUGCCCUGGGCGCUCAUGGGCUUCUCCAUGCUGCUGGGCAACUCAAUCCUCGUGGACCUGCUGGGGAUUGCCGUGGGCCACGUCUACUACUUCCUGGAGGACGUCUUCCCCGACCAGCCUGGCGGCAAGAGGCUGCUGCUGACCCCCGGCUUCCUGAAGCUGCUCCUGGAUGCCCCACCAGAGGACCCCAAUUACCUGCCCCUCCCCGAGGAGCAACCAGGACCCCAGCAGCCGUGAGGA